AUGCUUGAGGGGCUGCCUGACAAGCAGCUGUCUGAGGCGGGUAGAAGGGGAGGUUCCCCCCACAGCGGGGACAUUAAAGAGCUGGGCAAGGUCCCACGGGGAGAGCGGCUUUGGUGUUGCCCAAAGCAAAUUGACACUAUUUUUCCCUUGGUAAUUGCAAAGGGGGAGAAUCACCCGUCUCCUAAUUUUAACCAGUAUGUGAGGGACCAGGGUGCCAUGACUGACCAGCUGAGCCGGCGGCAGAUCCGGGAAUACCAGCUCUACAGUCGGACCAGCGGCAAGCACGUUCAGGUCACUGGGCGCCGCAUCUCUGCCACUGCUGAGGACGGCAACAAGUUUGCCAAGCUCAUAGUGGAGACAGAUACAUUUGGCAGCCGGGUUCGCAUCAAGGGGGCUGAGAGUGAGAAAUACAUCUGCAUGAGCAAGAGAGGAAAGCUCAUUGGAAAGCCCAGCGGGAAGAGCAAAGACUGCGUGUUUACAGAGAUUGUGCUGGAGAAUAACUACACAGCCUUCCAGAAUGCCCGCCAUGAGGGCUGGUUCAUGGCUUUCACCAGGCAGGGCCGGCCCAGGCAGGCCUCCCGCAGCCGGCAGAACCAGCGGGAGGCCCACUUCAUCAAGCGCCUCUACCAGGGCCAGCUGCAGUUUCCCAACCACGGGGAAAGGCAAAAGCAGUUUGAGUUUGUGGGAUCAGCACCCACCCGCCGGACCAAGCGCACCCGGCGACCCCAGCCCCUCACGUAGUCGGGGGAAGGAGGGGGCACCCUGGCCCAGAACCAACCCUCCCAAUCUCAUUCAUGUAACAAGGACUGGGUUUGAGGGAGGGAAGGUCAUCCCCAUCAGAUCACAGAGGAGCCUCAAGGACCAAGAGGCAUUCAAGAGCUCCUCCUUUUGAAAGGGGACAGUUUUGCAGCAGAAAAUGGGGUGUCCUGGGGCUUGGGGAAACCACCAAGAAGGUGACCCCCCUAGAUCCCAAAUGGAAUGAAGAAAGGGAGAUAAAGGGAGAGAGGAGAGAGACAGACGACAGAGACAGAGACGGAGAAACAGAGAGACAGAGAGAAACAGAGACAGAAACAGAGAGAGACAAAGACAGAGAGAGAGAGAGAGAAAAGGCUCUCCGGCUCAGGGCAACUGAGCAGAGACCAAAGAGAGAACUCCAAGUGUCACUCUGAACGCCUGGCUCCAAUCUCCAGGGAAAUGGAGCAGAAAAGGCUCAGAAAUGACACAGAUAAGACAGGUGGACUACAGGGUUUGCAGAUAUUCUUGGGCAGCUCUCCUCAGAUUUUGUUCCGUGUUUGUCGCUAUCGCUCCCCUAUCCCUGUUGGCAUAAAUCCUGAUUGUAAGAACCAGCCUCUCCCCCCUCCCCCCCCCCUUUAAUAGAAAGAAGAGAAAAAAAAAAGGCUGGCCAUGCUACGUGUAUUUCACCAUUCUGCCAGUCCUCUGAAUAAAACC